UUUUCGCACAGACUCCUGUGCUUGUAAUGAGUUGAACUGAUUAUUGCAAAAUCCAAGCCUAGUUAUGGUGCAGAUAAAUUACAGAAGUUUUUUUUAACUUAGUUUUUCGCCAAGAUUAUGGAUUUUGCUAGAAAAAACUUGUAAACGAUAAAUGGCUGUCAAUAAUCAGUUAAUCAAAUGACAACAACUUUUCUGUUCAUCAACUUUCUGUAAUCGCAAUGGAUCUCGCAAUCAAAGAGUAUUCCGUUUUGGUGUCAAUUUUUCAGUCGGAAAUGAAAAUGAAUUUCGGAGAUUCGCUCGCAAUGUCUCUCAGCAGAUCAUGACAGUAGAAUAAAGGCUCCUUCGAAUCAAAUCUCCAUGCCAACGAAAACUAAAGACGGUCCCGACACAGGAUGGAGUUGGGUUGUGGCGUUCGCGGCCUGCUUCAAUAGUCUUAUCCUCGCUGGAAUUUUCAGGACAGGCGGCGUGCUCUUCGUCGCUUUCAUCAACAAUUUUGGAGUCACGCGGGAAGAAGCGUCAUGGCCGAUGGUCCUCUGCAUUUCAGUGCUGAAUCUUACAGGACCUUUUGCUGGCAUUUUGGGCCAAAAAUAUGGCGUCCGCCCCAUCACCAUUAUUGGAGCUGUCAUCGGAACGAUCGGCAUUUCGGGCUGCUUUUUCACCACGUCACUCAGCGUCAUCAACAUCCUGUUCGGCAUUGUUUUCGGCAUAGGCUAUGGACUAGUAAAUACCUUAAUGCCAGUCAUCGUCAACAUCUACUUCUUGAAUCUACGAGCAACAGCCAACGGAAUAGCCAAUUCGGGUUCCUGUUUCGGAUCUUUAAUUCUGCCAGUAUUUUUUGAGUAUCUCAUCGCCAGUUACGGCCUUACAGGUUGUUUCUUGUUGACGGGGGGCGUGGUCCUACACGUGGCUGUUGCCGGUGCCCUUCUACGUCCACCAUAUUGGCUGGAGAAAUCAAAAGUGAAAAGCGACGUCGAAGAUAUUCGUUGUUCAAAUGAACAGACAAAUGAAGCUUCUAACAUCCAGAAAUACGGUGGUCUUGUGAAUAGCUCACUAACACAACCUACGAAACCUAAUAGCAGCUUCUUCAGCGAGGACGAAACCGAACAGAAGUUGCUGACUCAUGAAAUCAACGACGUCGGAAAUGGUCUUCUUGAUCCCAAUUCGAAGAAACAACAAGAGUUGUUAUCAGAGUUGAAUUUAACACUCCGCCACAGAAGUAGCAAUCAAAAGAUCCUGAAAAAUGGUUUAAGCGAAACGAAAAGUUUAAACCAUCUGGAGUGCUCACAUUCUGAAAAGAGCAAAGACUUUCUAGAAGAGAAAGUCCGAAGUGAGGACGCACUACUUCAAUCCAUAUCAGAUUUUGAAAAUGUAUUGAAAAGCUUUUCGCAAACAUCCCUUGAUGUUUCACCGACUAACGAGAGGAAUACUAAUCCCGAAAUUAACUCGCAGAAAUAUGAGGACGCUUCUAAUCAUUCUGGCGAAGUUAGACAACAAGGCUCAAACUUAUAUUCUUCUCAGGGCAGGAAUACAAAGCGAAGCUCUUCAGACUCGUCCAAUAGCAUUGAGGAAGAAAACGAAUUUCAAAGAGAUGAAAGUGAGAAUUUGCUUUCCGAUAGCUCUUUGUUGACAAGUGGGGAAAAUAAUCCAUAUGCCAAAGAAGAAAUAGUCAACAUUCGAAAAUCUUCAGAGCUAAGUGCAAAAACAGAACCACAAAAACUUAUGAAUCGGUUUCUUAAAAGCGACAAUAACAAGACAUGUCUUGAUUCAAUACAAAGCUUCAAAAUCGUACUUAGCAAUCCAUUGUUUUAUAUUACAGCUAUCACAAACGUCAGUUUCUAUUUCCUGUUUCACAUGUAUGUGGUCAUCAUCAUAGACUACGGGUUGGAUAUUGGUAUUCCAGAAAGCGAAACUAAGUACAUUUUAUUCGCAUUUGCCAUUUCCGAUCUGUUCGGACGUCUCAGCCUGGGAUGGGUCACGGACAGGAAGUACCUCAGACGAUCUCACUUCGUCAUGUUGGGCAUGGCAGCAAUCGGAGUGGUUUUCUUCUGCUUUCCCUUCGCCAGGACUUAUCAAGCCCUGAUAGUCGCCAGCUGCUGCUACGGGUUGCUUCUGGGAUGCACGAUGAUAGUCUUCCCCAUUUUGCUAGUGGAUUUUCUGGGAACUGAAACACAUGCAGUUGCCUAUGGCUGUAUGUGCUUCAUGAACGGAUUUGCCUCUUUUGGAAGACCAUUCCUCAUUGGGUACUUCCGUGACAGUCUUGGUUCAUAUGCCAACAUCUUCUAUAUCUGUGGUCUCAUCUCAUUGGCUGCCUCGCUAUUCUGGUUGUUCGAAAGGUGUUUGAUCAAGGAGGAGCCAAAAGAAGUCGGUGGCUCGGCGGUGUAAAUUUUCAGCAUAAAAAGUUUUAGACUCAUAUCAUUAAACAA